CUCAUUUUAAAAAUUAAUUUCAAUUUCUCUUUUGCCAGCAGAAGGAACGGAGAUGGCGACUCAAAACAGCAUCCGAAAAUACUUGAAAGUAAAGAAACCGCGAGGGGACCGAAAGAAGCUGGCAGCUGCGAGCGAGCCGGAGCAGGCACGUGGCAACCCAGCGGUCCAAGCAGCAUCACAGGCAAAGUCCCGCAGAGUCCAUCCAGCGGUCAGAGUAAAGUAUCCUAAUGCCGUGGUGCUUGGAGAUAACUCUUGCUUGCUGAUUCAAGUUAGUAUGUAUAAUGAAAAAAAGGAAAAACACGAGAACAUUAAUAAGUUCUAUGUUAUCCAGGCGCUUGAGAAUGAAGGGAAAUACUACCUCUUUACGGGCAACCAGCGUGUGGGCUACCCCACGAAAACCGCAAAAUUCCAAGGAAAGAAAGAUCGAGAGGACGCAAUUAAAGCUUAUCAAGAGAGUUUCAGAGACAAAGUGGGCAAGCGAAAUCGAGGGAUCGUGACCAAUUUUGCUUGCGGAGUGUACACAUUGUUGGAAAUGGACGAAGAUGAGGACCAGGAGACCGACGGGAGUAAAUAUUCACCCCUCGGGAAGCUGAGUCCGGCACAGGUCGAGAGAGGUCGAGAAGCCCUCCGAAAGAUUGAAGACGCCAUCGGGAAGCAGGUGCUGUCUGGUGGAUUGUCUGAAGCCGAGCUAAGAUUGUUAUCGUGUGAGUACUACACUUACAUCCCACACAAAUUUGAGAUGAGGGUACCGCCGACUUUGAUAAAGGAUAGGAAAGGAGUGGAGGAUGAAAAGGAAUACCUGAAGAACAUGCUACAAGCAUACGUGAAGGAAGAGAGCCAUUCAGAAUCCGGAGAGUCAGAUACAUCAGAUUCCUCCGCCGAACCAGAUGCAGCUGGUUCAAGGGCGACAGUCAAGGAGGAGGUAAAAGAAGAAGAAGAAGGUUCAAGGGCGACAGUCAAGGAGGAGGUAAAAGAAGAAGAAGAAGGUUCAAGGGCGACAGUCAAGGAGGAGGUAAAAGAAGAAGAAGAAUCGGAAAGUGGAGAAGAGGAACCAAAGGAAGACAAAGAAGAGAGUGAAGAACCAGAAGAGAAGAGGAUAAAGAUCGAUCGCGGAGACACAGCUUAAUUUCGGUACAUUAACAUGGAUUUCAC